AUGAGCCGGCUGCCCCACGCCCACCGCGCCGCGGACGCUGCCUGCGCCGACCUGCGGCGCCUUGCGGGCGAGCGCCGCGCCGACUGGGCCGCGCUGGCGCGCGGGGAGGACGCGCCGGGCGCGCUGCCCCCGGAGGAGGCCGCCGUGCGCGAGGCCUGGCGGGCUUGGCGCGAGGAUGGCCUGCUGGCCGAGCUGCAGCAGCCGGAGCUGCGGGACGGCAACCAGGUGCUGCUGCGUUCGGUGGCCGGCGACCUCCAGGCCGCCUACGAGUCUGCCUGCGCGCAGUUCGGCUUCGGCGCCGACGAGGCGGGCGCGCCCGAGAGCGCCACGGGAGCCGCCGUGUCCCGGCUCUCGAAGAUAUCGCGCGCUGCCCGCCUGGAGACGCAGCGGGGCCUGCGUGCGGCCGCCUGCGCCGGGUGGGCCGAGGCGGCCAGCGGCGAGCCUGAGCCGCCCGCGAGGCCGCUGCCCUGCUGGGCUUCGCCCGCAGCUCUGGCGCUCGGCGCCAGCGGGCUCGGCCCAGGCACAGCUUGGAUGCAGGCCGAGCUGCGGUGGAGCCAGUGGUACGCGGCGGCGGAGUCGCGGCUUGGGCGUGCAGCGCUGGCGAAGCAGAGGCUGCUGCAGAUGCGGCGGCUCAGGGCGGCGCGCGCCAUUCAGCGAAUCUUCGCUGGGACGCGCCAGAGGCGCGAGCAGGCCGCGACCCACCAGCGCGAGGCGGCCGCGCGGGUGGUGCAGCGCGCCUUUCAGCAGCGCUUGGCGCCGCGCCUCGCGCGCGCCAGACUUGUGCUGCGCGCCCUGCGCGAGCGUAUGCUGUUGUGGCGGCUCCGCCGGCGCCUCUGCAGGCACGCCCUGUGCUGGCGGUGCGCGCGCUGGGCCAUCGCGGCGGCGCACCCGCCUGCUGUCGCGGCGUCCGCCGCCGGCGCCGCUGGGGGGCCAGCGGCGCUGCGCAUCCAGAGGUGGCUGCGCGGCCACUGGUCCCGGUCGGGCUGGGCCUACUGCUGGGCUCCGCCUUUUCAGAGGCCGCAGACACUGGCCGGGCGCGCUCACGAGCGGCCAGAGGAGCUGCCACCCUUGACCGCGGCGCAGGGAGCCGGCUUCGCGCGACUGCGGGCGAGGAGGCGCGGGCGCGCCCUCGCGGCGCGCAGGCGGGGCACCUGGGCCGCCGCUGCGGGCCCCGAGCGCCUGCUGCUCCGGAGCUGGCUGCGGGAGGAGGAGGCGCGGCGCCAGCGGAGCGCGCACGAGGCGCUGGUGAGCCGGCGCUUCGAGGCGCAGUGGUCCAGGUACGCCGAGGGCCUGGAGGCGCACGUGCGGGCGCACGUCGAGGGGGAGCGGUGGAUGGUGACGUCGGACCCGGCGGGCCAGCGCGUGUGGAUGUCCGUGAAGACGGGCAAGACCCGCAGGGGCGGCAACCCCGCGGAGGCCCGCGUGCGCGAGAACCUGGCGAGGGAGCGGCGGCGAGCCGAGGAGCGCCCGGCCGCACACCUGGCGGCCCUCCGCGCGUCUUGGGCCGACGAGGACGCGGCGGGGAGGGCGCUGCACGCCGCCGGCCUCCUGGAGCUCGCCUCCGCGGCGCGAGGCGCGUGGGAG